GUCCUGAGCGGAAAGGGAUUAGUGCACGCGGAGGAAGCCACCGAAGUUGCAGCUCGUCUCACCUCUGGGUGACACUCCGGUGUUUGUGAACCGUCGCCACAUUUCUUCGUCAGGAGCCGGCGUGGUGAUCACAAACUGGUCAGAAAGGGUCAGGUGAAAUAAUGUUCAGACUCCUCAGUCCCAGAGGCAAGAGGCUGCCGAGCUGCCUCACAGGCCAGCGCCGCUAUGAGCAUCACAAGGCCGUUUUGGCCAUUCGCCGUGAGGACAUCAACCCCUGGGAGAGGAGGGCGCCACUGGCUCCUCGCCACGUCAGAGAGCUCACGAACGCCGGUGUCAAGGUCCUAGUCCAGCCAUCCAACCGCAGAGCUAUCCACGAGAAGUACUACUCAAAGGCCGGGGCUGUCAUUCAGGAGGACAUUUCGGAGGCGUCGCUGAUUAUUGGAGUGAAAAGGCCGCCCGAGGAGAAGAUCAUGGAGAGGAAGACGUACGCUUUUUUUUCGCACACUAUCAAGGCACAGGAGGCCAACAUGGGUCUUCUGGAUGACCUACUGAAGAAGGAGGUUCGUCUUAUUGACUACGAGAAGAUGGUCGAUCCUAACGGCUACCGGAUCGUAGCGUUUGGCCAGUGGGCAGGUGUUGCAGGAAUGAUUAACAUUUUGCAUGGACUGGGGCUGCGCUUCCUGGCUCUUGGCCAGCACACUCCCUUUAUGCACAUUGGCAUGGCUCAUAACUACAGGAACGUCAGCCAGGCCAUCCAGGCAGUGAGGGAUUGUGGGUAUGAGAUCUCCAUGGGGCUCAUGCCCAAAUCCAUCGGCCCUGUCACAUUUUGUUUCACUGGAACCGGCAACGUGUCAAAGGGAGCCCAAGACAUCCUCAACGAGCUUCCUGUUGAAUAUGUUGAACCUCACGAGUUGAAGGACGUCUCAGGAACUGGAGAUAUGACCAGAGUUUACGCCACCGUCCUGAGCCGACAUCACCACCUGAUGAGGAAAAGCGACGGCAUCUAUGACCCCAUGGAGUACGAGAACCAUCCAGAGCUGUACACCUCACACUUCAGGACAAGUGUGGCGCCUUACACAACAUGUCUGAUCAAUGGCAUUUACUGGGAUCCCCACACCCCUCGACUGCUCAGGCGACUCGAUGUACAGAAGCUGAUGAGACGGUCCAAAACCUUUUCUACAGUCAGGGGAUCACUAGAGAUGCCUCACAAGCUGCUGGCCAUCUGCGACAUAUCAGCUGACACCGGAGGCUCCAUAGAGUUCAUGAAUGUAUGCACCACCAUCGAUAAGCCUUUCUGUAUGUACGACGCUGACCAGCACAUAGACCACGACAGUGUGGAGGGAAAUGGCAUCCUCAUGUGUUCCAUCGACAAUCUUCCCGCUCAGCUCCCCCUUGAAGCCACAGAGUACUUUGGAGACCGACUCUUCCCUUACAUCUGGGAGAUGCUUCCUUCAGACGCCACCAGACCUCUGGAGGAAGAGGAAUUCAGCCCGCAAGUCAGAGACGCUGUCAUCACCUCAAACGGAGCACUCACCCCAAAGUUUGAGUACAUUGAAAAACUUCGCGAAAGAAGGGAGAAGGCUCAGAUCAUGAACAAGACUGGAAUGAAGCGAGUUCUGCUGCUGGGUUCGGGAUACGUCUCUGGACCUAUUGUUGAGUAUCUGACUCGAAAUGAAAAGACACAGGUCACUGUGGCGUCGGUGCUGCUGAAACAGGCGGAGGAGCUGGCAGCUAAAUAUCCCAACACCAUUCCCAUCACGCUGGAUGUCAGCAGCCAAGAAGGACACCUCGACUCUCUGGUCAAAGAUCACAACUUGGUCAUCAGCAUGCUGCCAUACACUUUUCACCCGCUCAUCGCCAAACACUGCAUCAAGAGGAAGGUGAACUUGGUGACUGCCAGCUACCUGAGUCCUGCCAUGAAGGAACUGCACAGCAGUGCGGUGGAGGCGGGCAUCACUGUAGUGAAUGAGAUGGGACUGGACCCGGGUAUCGACCACAUGCUAGCCAUGGAAUGUAUCGACCAGGCCAAAGCUGAAGGCUGCAUGGUGGAGUCCUACAGCUCCUUCUGUGGUGGUCUUCCUGCUCCGGAAUCUUCAGACAAUCCUCUUCGCUACAAGUUCAGCUGGAGUCCGUACGGCGUCCUCCUCAACACCAUCAGCCCCGCCACCUUCCUCAAAGACAACCAGGUGGUGAGCAUCCCAGCCGGCGGGUAUCUGAUGGACUCCACCAUGCCGAUGGAUUUCCUUCCUGGUUUCAACCUGGAGGGAUUUCCGAACCGCAACAGCACCACAUACGCGGAGCCGUACGGCAUCCAGGCGGCACACACACUGAUCAGAGGAACGCUGCGCUUCAAGGGCUUCUCCAAGGCCAUGAGUGGUUUUGUCAAACUGGGUCUGAUUAACAGCGAGCCUUCUCCCAUUCUGCAGCCCACUUCAUCUCCUGUUUCCUGGAAAGAGCUCCUCUGUAACCAGAUUGGAUUGUCCUCCUCUGUGUCCCAUGAUGCCUUUGAAGAAGCCAUAUACGAUCACAUUGAAAAGGACGACUUCAGGAUGGAGACCCUGAGAUGGUUUGGGAUGCUGAGCGACGAGUCAGUGCCUCAGGCCGACAGUGUUCUUGCUGCCCUGACAAAACAUCUGGAAGCCAAGCUCUCGUUCAAUAAGGGUGAGCGAGACAUGAUCAUCUUGAGGAACGACGUUGGGCUUCGCCACCCGACGGGUGAGCUGGAGACCAAACACAUCAGUCUGGUGGUGUACGGUGACCCCAGUGGUUUCUCUGCCAUGGCCAAGACUGUAGGAUACCCCGCAGCCAUAGCUGCUCGCAUGGUCCUUGACGGUGAAAUCUGUUCAAAGGGUCUGGUGGUUCCAAUGACAAAGGAGGUCUAUGGGCCAGUGCUGGCCCGACUGAAGGAGGAAGGACUGCACUUCAUGUCCAAAAGCACCCUGGAGGAGUAGAACUCAGCCUCCAAAGACAACCAACAACUCCCUUUAAAUCCCAAAAAGCAACUCCAGAGAUAUUGAUUACAAUCCACAAGUAAUUAGUUGCCUUAUUACCAACUUCAUCCAAACAUCAGACAGACUCCAACUCAUCCGUCUGCUGGUGGGUUUGAUAAGUUAAAUAUCAUUAAUGUUUUUAGUUUUUUUAUUAAUAUGUGAAAGAUGAAGAAGGGUUGAAAGCAGGAAAAUGUUAAAUGUUUUAAUGUCUAAAAGUUGUUUUUUUAUUGUUUUGAAUUUGUUCUGUUUCAGAGAAAAGUUCUUCUGUGAAGAUGUUUAAAAAGCCAACAGAUAUAAUUCUAUUUUAGGCAUUACAAUUUUAAAACAUUAAAAGCACAAACAUCAUCUCACUACCCAAGUCAAACUACUGUAUUGACCAGGUCUGACAGGGAUUUGAAAAUACAUUUCCUGGAGACUUUCUGACGUCCAUCAUAAAAACUGGGAGCGAUGCUUCAAAUGAGUAAAACCCUUUUAAACCCUUUCACAUAAUAAAUCUGCAAAGUUUUGUAAAGUGUUUUCCUGAAAUUAACAAAGCUGUUAAGCCUUUCCUUGUUCCUUUCUCUAUCAGCACAGUGUCUGUAUUACUGCUGGUUUCUGUGUUAAUUCAAAACCCAACAGACCUAGCUCAAUGCUGCACUGGCUCAAAACUAUCAUAAACUACAACAAGAAAGGCAUUUGGCCCUUUCUUACACCCGGCGCAGAGCAGCACCAAGUGCAAAGGAAGUGUCUUUAGUUUUGAACUGAAGCAAUUUUCAUUUUGAGGUGGCAGAAAAGUGAUUGAGCAAAAAAACCUGGUCUGAAGUCAGCGUUCAUUCUUACUUCAGGGCUCGACAUUAACAGCCCUUACACUUGAUGAAUAAAUGACAUGAAAAUGCAAAAAUGAAUCAGUGAAUAUUUCAAAUAUACAACAUUUAUUCUGGCAGUAAUUAGAACACUAUCAAUAAAAAGCUGAAUUAAAUUUGCAUAAGCUCAUUCUUUAAAAAAAAAAAAAAGGAAACCGAGCAGCAUCUGGCUGUCUGCCUGAGGUUGUCUGCACUAUGGUUCGAUUGGCUAAUAACUUUAUUGGCAUGCAAAAGGUCAGAACUGGAAAAAGUUUAAUGGAAUUCAAUCAUUUGCUGUACACACUGUAUGGAUGCUUUCAACUGUUUGUGUGCUAAAAAGAAAAGAAGUGGAUUUGGACACUAAGAGCACCUGCUCCAUGUGCUGAGGUUGCAAAAAAAUACCCCCCAAAAGGCAAUUGUCUUAGUAACAGAGAAGCUUCUGUAAACAUUUAUGUUAAAACAAUUAUGUUCAGCUGAUUUGUACAGGAUCAUGACUAUCAUUUUGUUUUUUUUGGUUGGCAUUUAACAUGCAAUGCUCUUGACAUGAUCAAGAACAGCUCAAAGUAAGAAAUCAUUAUCUCACGACACCCAUUUAAUAGUCUUUAUUUUGAGAGUUUCUCCAGGUAUCCAGGAAAAAUAUCAGACCCCAUGUGUGGGAUUUGAAAAAACUUUAACCCCAAUAGUGGUAAUAACUAAUAGUGAUAGUAACAUUUUGCCACCUGAAUAUGUUCAAAUAUGAGAAAAAGUUAUAAUCGUGCAGGGACAUGCAGCAAAUGGUCCAGGCUGCCAAGAAUCGAACCAGGAACCACUUGAUCAAGGCGGCUGUCACGUCAACUGUUUGUGGAGUUAUUAUGACCUCCUCUUGUGCCCCAAUUCAGCAUUUACCAAACAUUUAAUAAAAGGCUAAUUGUAGUCAUACACAGUCAUAAGGACAUUUUAAGUGUCUGUUAAGAAAGGGUUGUAGUUGUUGAAAAAUACUCAACAAUAACAUUUAUAUCUAUGAUUACAUUAUAAAUUAAAUUUUUGUAAUGUGCUAAUGAAUGCAGAAAUGUAUUACCCACCAUGUUUAUUUGCAAUGUCAGGUAUGGCCUACUGUAUACUUUUAGUCUGUCAGCAUUACUGAUGUAGCCGUUAUGAUUACAUGUAACACCACUUUCCAAUGCCAUCAUUACAUCAGAGUAUUGUAGAGAAAACUCAGGUUUACCUCUAAACUCUGAAGUUGGUUACAAAAACAGGGAUCUCAACAAGUAACAUCUAAUUAUUUCCAUAAAGCAACAACAGGGCAAAUUUGUGAUUAUGCUUAUUUGAAAUGUAUCUUGUUUUUAAAGCAUGUAGGCCACAGACAUGGGGUAGCUAUUUAAAUUAUAAUCUGCAAUACUGUUUUGAAUAUUCAAACCUAAUAGUAUAAUGAAUUAAAAAUCAUCUUGGGAUAGUAAACAUACAAAU